AUGUUUUCAAAAUAUGAUUUUCUGAAGGAUGUCAAUCCUGUCAAAGAAGACUGGAGGAUUAAGGUGAAGUUGGUUCGUGCUUGGAAAGUUCCUAAUUUUCAACGUAGAGAUUUUGACGACAAUGUUGAAAUGGUUUUAUUGGAUGAACAUGGUGGUAGGAUCCAUGCCACUGUCAAGGAUUCUUUGCCGGUGCGAAAGAAAAUCCAUGAAGGAGAUGAAUUUGAUUUUGUUGAUUAUGACAUCGUUGAGAAAGAAACGUCUGACUCUCCUUAUUUAGUCAACGUCAUUGGUUUAAGCUCAGGAAUUAGAGAAGCUUGUGAUCGUGUGGUUUCUGGUAGGAAGACAAAAAUGGUAGUGUUGGAGCUUGACAACCUGAGGGGUCACAAGCUGGAGAGCACUUUGUGGGAGCAUUAUAUGGAUGAGGUGCAGUCUUUUUUGGCAAAUAGCGACACUCCUCAUAACGUCCUGAUAGUCCAACUGGGAAGGAAAAAAUGUUUUAGGGGUAAGGUUGGGAUAACAAAUACAAAAUAUACAACAAGGAUUGUCACGGAUUCGAAGGUGCCAGAGAUCGUUAAGUUCAAAAAAUGUUGUCUACUCAGUCCUCCUAUUCUUAGGGAGACUGAAAAGAAGUCUAUCAGUGAUGUUAAGCUUUAUGGUGAAGUUACAACGUGCAUCACGUACGGGACUAUAAAAGCUAUUGAGAGCAAAUACAACUGGUGGUACAAGUCUUGCAAAAAAUGUCCAUUUUCCGUUUGUGAGGAUUUUGAAAAGUGGUACUGUAAGAACUGCCAAAAACAUUGGGAAGAUUAUUAUCCGAGAUUUAGUGUUCAGGUCAGAGUUGUGGAUAACACAGAUUCCGCGGCAUUUCUUCUGUUUGAUCGCGACUGUGUGUCUUUAUUGGGAAUGAGUGCUGGUGAAUUGCGCGAGCUGCAUUUCAAGAGGUGUGCGGAUUUGGAUCAAUUUCCAGAAGAGUUAAAUGUUCUGAAUGAGAAGUCAAUGUUGUUCAAGAUAAAUGUGAAGCAAAAGGAUUUGAACUCAUACAGUGAGCCCAAAUAUCAAGAUGAAGCAAAUUUUGAUAAUGCUUGCGAAAAUGAAGUUGUAUCGUCGGAACCAAAAAAGGCUGCGGAUGUUGAGAGUCAGACCUGUGAUAGUGCUGACGUUGGUGAUAUCUCUCUGACGAUGUUGUCACCUGUGAUCAAUUCUCAGGAUUCCAUUGCUGGAGAAUUUAAAUUUUCAGCUGUUCGGACGGCGAAGAGAAUAAAGCUUGAAAAAGAAUUUGAUGCAGAAGCAGAUGAGAAUACCCCGUAG